AUGCGAGCCCUGGAGAACUACAGGAAGGCAUUUGAAAUGUAUGCUCGUUCACUACCUCCCUAUCAUCCGGACAUAACGAAAAUGGAAAAUAGUAUUGAGCGUCUCUCCCCAAACGAUGGAACAGCUGCGAAAUCAGACGAUUCGCAGGAAAAACCAGCAGAGUCAGCCGCGGCUAAUGAUACCGACAACAUUGAGACUUUCACCAUCGUAUGGCUGGAUGCAAAUGUCAACACGACGGAGGAUAACACAGAAACAUAUCAUGCGCUUCGCACAAUCGUCAACUACAUCAGAACGUACGACGCAGUGCAGCCGUGUGAAGAAUACGUUACACGAGUGAGCAGGGCCUCUCUGAUUCUCAUCGUCUCUGGUGGAUUUGGCCGUGAAAUCGUACCGCGCAUUCACGAUCUUGAACAAGUGAACUCCGUCUACGUUUAUUGUGCCGACAAAAAGAGAAACGAGAGGUGGGCAAAAGAUUAUGCAAAGGUUCGAUCCGUGAUUGUUGAGCGCGCAGAACUGAUCGAGAAAGUCAGCGAUGAUCAGAAAAUUCGUGCUCUCAUGGAAGAUGCAGCUGUGCCAGUCAGUAUUCUAAGUCGAACAGCAAUCACCACUGCUCGUCGAAGUUCUGCUGCGCAUGCCAAACACUGA